AUGCUACGGGCUUCGGCGAGCUCGAUCAAGCUGACGAACCUGUACGGGGCGCCAACAGGGGAUACAUACCACCCGAGCACACCGUUUGCCAAUUUAAUUGAGAUUGAUGGCGUGCGGAUUCUUCUGGACUGCGGGUGGAACGAUGAGUUUGAUGUCAAUUUUCUUGAUGCACUGAUGCCUUACUUGGGUGAUGUGCACGCUGUGCUCUUUUCGACUCCUGAACUCGUCUCAUGUGGAGCACUCCCAUUUGUGAUGGAGCACAUUCCUACAGGCACGUGCGUAGCUGCUGCGGGUUCCACGGCCAAGAUGGGUCUGCACGGGGUCCUGCAUCCAUUUCUUUACCUGUUUCCUAACGUCAAAACUUGGCGGCUGGAAAACGGUCUUGAUUUUGAAAUGACAGUUGACAAGGUAUACAGUGCCUUUCGAAGUGUGACGGAGCCUUAUGGGGGCAAGGUAACAAUUCGUCAUCGAGAUGCUGAAGUGGAGUGCUAUCCCAUUUUUUCUGGUCGAAUGCUUGGAGGACAUGGGUGGCUUAUUAAGUAUAAAAUUGAUGAGCUUUUUUAUUGCCCUGAUUUUUCUUUGAAGCCAUCCUAUGCGCUUAAACGCUUUUUACCACCAACAACGUCAACACUUCUUUUUAUUGACGGAUCGCCAUUUCAUUUAAGCGGUAAUACUGGGCGGAAAUACGAAGAACAGUUGAAUGCUUUAAUUCGAGAGAUUUUGGGUACACUUCGUAAUGGGAAGGACGUUUUGAUCCCAGUUUCUGUUGUUGGAAGGGGACUGGAGAUACUCACAAUUGUCACACACCUCCUUACGGAGAAGGGGGGUGAUAAUUAUACGGUUGUUUUUGCCUCUAUACAAGCGGCAGAGCUAGUAGCGAAGGCGAGCACUAUGACAGAAGCUCUUUUGGAUGAGAUCAUUCUCAGUGAAAGACAGUUAUUUGCCAAUGUGGUGACUUGUAAAACAGCCGAGGAAGUGUUGAGUGUAGCCGGACCAAAAAUAUGCAUCGCCGAUGGUGAGACCCUUGAUUAUGGAGUGUCAGCUGAGCUUUUAGGGCAUUUUUUGCAAGCGGAUGCAGAUGAGAGGGAGAACCUAGUUGUACUAACAGGGGCACCUAAACCACAUACAAAUGCCUUUACGAUGGCUGCGGCCAAGAAGGGGGAUGCUAUUGAUUUGCGUUACACAAUUCGAUCACCGCUUGGAAAAGAGGAAUUAGAAGAGUAUUAUCUCCAAAUUGAGUUGGAAAUGGAGGAACAGAGGAAGGCGUUAGAAGGCGGCGCUUAUGAGGUGGCCUCACUUGAGGAUGAGAAUAGCGAUAAUGACAACGAUGCAGGCAAGGAGGACGAAAAGCAAUUGAGGGUGACACAACAGUGUACGCCUGGCCUUGUUCUCCCCUCUUAUAUGAGUUUUGUUUCUAAACAUCUUCAAUUUCCCAUUUUGGAGACGGCAGCAUCAUUAGCUAAUGCGAUGUUUAAAAAAGUGGAUUAUGCAUAUGGUCUUCCCAUUAGUGAAGAAAUGCAGUUCCUUAUGCGUCGAAAGGCUCCAGCUCGAAUUUACAGUGAUGAGGGACCCGAAGGGAUACAAAUGCAUAAUGAUGCUCAGGCUGAGGCGAAUAUUCCCUCCAAGACAUUUGUGAACACUGCUGUGGUAAGUAAAAAUUCACGUGUUUUUAUGACGGACCUUUCAGGAUUUGCAGAUGCGGCUAUUAUGCGGAGCCUGUUAAAGUCCCGUUUUAGUUUUGCUAAAAAGAUUGUACUGAUCCGUGGGACUGUCGAUGAUCACCGUGCGUUGUAUCAGUUUUGUCGAUCGGAAAAAGUAAUGAAGUGCGGCGAGAAUGUUUUUUUUCCGAGGACGCAGAGAACUCACUUGGAACUUGCGACGCACGUGUACUCUUAUAUGGUGCAAUUGGACCCAACAUUGGCUAAUGCACUUCCUUCCGCUUUACGGCGCGUCAAGGAGUCAAGAUCAAGUGGCUUUUGGGAUGUGGGGUGGGUGGAUGGUGCCCUGGAGAGUUCUUUUGUUUCGCUGACACCUGAAGACGACGAGAGGCAGUCGGUGAAGCGACUUCGAGCGGAAGGAAAUGAUGGCGAAAUAAAGGACGGCGUCUUCACCCUGGUCCCUCUCUUUGGUGAGAGGGCACAACAGUGUGCUCGGGAGCGAGAAUUGCGGGGCAUGCAGCGAGGUUUAUUUUACGUUGGUGAUGUGGAUUUACACAGACUUCGCGAUGUGGCUCGAAGUGAAAUGGGUCUGCGCGGUGAGUUCCACAAGAAUGCACCUAUGCUUGUCUUUGAUGCGGGUUUAUGUGUUCGCAAAAGCGCCAAUGGGAAUUUUUCCUUGUCUUCGAUGAUUUCGCCAUCUGUUUUUGCACUUAGAAAGACCGUCUACGGUCAAUUUUCCCAGACACUCUAA